AUGGCUAAGCUGAAAGGUGUCGUUGUUCGCCUGUCUGUGCUGAUGCUGGAAGGCAUCCUGCAUGUUUUGGCCUUAGUCCUGUCCCCACCGAAAUUGGAGCUCCUUUUGUGGCUGCCAUCCGCGGUGGCCGUUCUACAAGCUCUGAAUGAGGAGCUAACACAGGGUCUACCUUCUGCUCCCGCUGUCGCCGCCGGGCCGCAACUUUCGGAACCCCGGCCUUCUGAUGCGGAGGAGGCUCCGAUGCUUGUUGAGCCACAUGCACUUAAUCCAGCGGACUCAGCCCUGCCUUGCACCUCUGACCAACCUACGACCGAGCCAUCGCCUGCAGAACAAGUGACUUCUCUUCCUCCGACUAUGAAGCUGCGCCUGACACGCAAGGGCAAACGGACGGCCCCAGUCACUGCAACUUCUCCUCCACCUACUCGCCGUCAACGUGUAUUGAGCAUCUCUUCUCCCACCAGGUCCUCGGACAUGAGCUUGCCCCAGGAGACAAGCAUGGCCCGGGAGAAGGCCUCUGAUCCGGAGGUGACAGACCAGCCCUCGGACCUGCCCGCUCCACUGCCCAUUCAGAGUACAUUGCCUGUUCCGCCCUUGUCCCCUGACGAUCAGCCCCUGGGCUUACCGAUGCCCUCCGCGUCUCCUCUCAUCGCGCCUCCGAGCUCAGCCAUGCCGCUUCCGAACCUGCCCUCUACAGACCCAGCCUUUGAAGCGUCAUGGCGGCUCCCUUCGGAGAUCGAUCUGGCCUACACGCCCGCUGCCGAUUCGUCGUCCAUCUUCGGCACGGUUGAUUUCUAUGGGGACCUGGCCAUCUCCUGGCAAUUAGCCAGUGACCAGUUCUGGGAGAGUCGUUCCCCCAUGGGGGAGUUUGAUCAAAUUGCUCGUUCUCUGGUGGCGACCUGCUCCGCGAGUCUGAGCGUCGUGCAACGUGCGGCCGAGCUUCAGCGAGAGAACGCGGCACUCAAGGCACGUCUUCAGGAACUGGAGCACCCUGCGGCCUCCUCCGCUCCUCCCGAGCCUUCUCUGGGAAGCUUGGAUGCUUAUCUGCGCGCCGCCGGGGAGUCGACGGCCUCUGCUCGGGCUAUUUCCCAUGCUGCCUUCGAUAAACUUCAACAGUUGGAGGCGGCUUUGAAGGCGAGUGAGUCUUCCUGGGCUUCUAAAGCGGCUUGGCAUCAAGCGACAAUUUCUGAACUGAAAGCCAAAGAGGCAGAGCUGCUCUCCCAAUCGGAGGAGCUGACGCUGCUACGGCAAGGUCAAGAGCUCUUGCAGAUGGGUUUGGCCGAUGCCCAGGAAGUGUGCCAAGCCACCCUCCAAUCCCUACAAGCAGAGUUAUCGAAGGCCCAGGAAGCGGUGUCUCAGGGCCAGAGCGAUUUGUCCUUGGCCCGCGUCGAAGCUGAGGAGAAUCGGAACAGUUUGGAGGUGUACCGGGCUGGCGAAUCAGAGCGGCUAAAGGCGUACAGACUGGCCUACGUUCGCUCUUCCUUCUUUCUCCAUAAGCUGGGACGCUGGAUGGUCUUGUUGCUCUGUCAUGGGGCCGCUGGUGGGGUCAGACAAGCCUUUGAGCAGGGUUUCCUACGCUCGGCACCUCCCGCCACGUUCUUGGACACAGCUCGCCUGACCAGAGAAUUGCCGCAGGACACCUUCCCUUCUUUUGAAGCGGAUGAGGGACUUUUCCUCUUGGAGGCUUCUCCACCUGCGGCCGAUCCAGCUCUCGGGGAUAUCUCUGCCCAGGCCCCUUCCGUUGCUGCAUCUGACAUGUCUGUUGAUCCUGCAUCUCCCGACACAACACCAGCCGACCCCGGGCUCCUUCCUUCGGCUUCCGUUGACUCAGUACCUUCUCCCCCGGAUGUAGUAUGA